AUCCCGUGGCGUUCCUCGGAGGGUGGAGUUGCUCCGGUGUAAUGCAAUUUGAUGAAGAAGAAGGAAAACAAAAAAGGCUACCAUGACCUUUCUAACUGGGACCACGUUUGUUUUAAUUUAAAGAGGCCCUUGACAGCUGACAACGAUGCACACGGUUUAAAAAUUAGAUUCCGCAGGUGGAUGCAGCCUUUGCUUACGUUCGCUGCGCUGCUGCCAUCUUGUGGAUUAUUUCAGCAGCGCUUCGGCGCUUCCGUUCAGUUUGAACCUAGCAAGUAGCCGUAAGGAGGAGCAAACGUCGCCUUAGCAACGGAUAGGGUUAUGGAAUGAGUAGCACCAAUAUUCUUCUAAACUGGGUUGAAUUCCUUAUAAAAUUUAAAUGCGCUUUAAAUUUUCACGUUACUAACUGAAGCCGUGAUGGCUACAAGCAACCCGUCAGUGUUUCUUCUCUCGGUUAACGGACAAAUUGAGGGAGCAAACUUUCCAGAGUAUGACAACUUAUACUGCAAAUAUUGUUUUGUCUACGGCCACGACUGGGCUCCCACGUCGGGGUUGGAAGAAGGCAUCACUCAAAUAACAUGUAAAGGAAGUGAGUCCUCACACAGAUUAAUAUGGAACUUUCCACUGGAGACAACGUUUAAGAGCACAAACCCCUCUGGAUGGCCUCAGCUCGUAGUGAGUGUGUACGGUCCAGAUGCGUUUGGCAACGAUGUGGUCAGAGGCUAUGGAGCAACACACAUCCCCUUCACACCUGGACAACACACACGAACCAUCCCCAUGUUUGUUCCUGAGCCCACAUGGAGACUACAGAAAUUCACGAGCUGGCUGUUAGGACGGCGGCCAGAGUACACAGACCCUAAAGUAGUGGCCCAGGGUGAAGGCAGAGAAGUGACGCGGGUUUGCUCCCAAGGCUUCGUCACCGUCUCCUUUCACAUCAUUACUAAAGACAUCAAGAAACUGGGUUACGACACGGGACCCUCGAGCCUCGCACACACACCGUCUGCCACAUCUGGCUGGUCGACUGUGGACCAACCGUACAACGUGGAAUAACAAAAGACCGUUUGUCUUUACGCUCAAGGAUGUCCCUGCCAAAAACAAAAAACCACAACUCUCAAAAGGACUGGUUUACUUCCAGUUAGAAUAGAAAUCCACACUACUGCAACGCAUACAUACAUACAUACCAACACUCCUUUGCCUAGUGUUUUUUAGUCAAAAUGAAAUUUAUUUGAAUGAGAUUUUAUUAGAUGUAUAAGCAGUUUCAGAUAAUAUCUUGAAUUUUUCAGUUUUACUAUAUUUUUUACUUUUUUUCUCAAAUAAAUGAACUUGACCUCUAAA